AUGUCGACGUGUUCUAGCUACAGCUUCAAAGAUGCAUCACAUUAUUCAAUCAGGAAUGAAUUUCAACCCUCGUCUUGCUCAUUGGUAUAUGAAUUCAAAGAAGCAGUCAAAGCUAGUAUAUGGAAUGGAAUUUUCCCUCAAUGGUUCGUGCUGAAAUAUGAUGUUCCAUUGAAUGAUGAAGAUUCGAAACUAGUCAGCUUCUUGCCAGUCAAGAAUGAAGAAAUGGAAUCGUAUUUCAACAUGAAGUUCGAGGAUGGUGGAAAAUAUGUUGUUUGUUUGCAUGAACAGAAUAUGUUUAUAGGUCUUUUUAUGCAGACACAAAGAUCUAUUCAAUUGCCAAACCACCUUCUUGUGCCUUGAUUGAUAUUGUUUUGGCAAAAGGGGCCCCAGACACUAUUACCGAAAGCUAUUACGCUAUCAUGAGAGCUCAACAAGCUGGAGGUCAAUUAAAUCAAACCUUAACAAGACGAACGAAGCUAAUGUGGUGUCUCCCAUCACUAAAACUUUGUGAAGAAAUUAUUUGCGAAAGUGCAAAAUUGUAUGUGGAAGGUGAUGAUGUUGGAAAACAUUGUAGUAACAUUUUCACUUCCGCUCUAGCAAAAGAAUACGACGUUUCCGAAGUGGUGGAUUGUGCAGAUUCGUUUUUAGGCCACUGCCCUUUUUUGGCCUAUGAUUCAAAGAAACUUUGA